ACAUGUGCAUCAUUUGGAAGCAUCUAAUAACACCAUUAUCGUUUGCAAAUGGAUUUAUUAUGAAUUUUAAGAUGCUAUGCUUUUGUUACCAUUCAUUUGAAAAUUGAUGAUUUUGCCUGGAGAAUUUCUUAAUCUUUUUGGGUUUUAUUUCGUCUGUUGACAUGAUCUGUAAUGGUAGCCUAGAUAAAUUUGGUGCUGGACUAAGGUCUAUUGAUUGACCAUGUACUAUAGUUAGCUGGGGGAGAAAAGAGAAAAGGGUGGAAGAAGUAAGCAAUUUUCAGCCAUAAGGAAAGAAUAGUAUUAGCCCCCUGAUUUUGGCACGUUUUAAGGUCACAAUUGCCCGGGAAGAAAGAUCUGCCAUCAAUAAAUUUUCUCUUGUUUCUCUCGAUCACCCUUUUGAAAUGUCACCAAAAUACCAAGAGAGAUAGAUAGGGAAAGAGAAAAGGAAGGAGUAUCACAACUGAACUUAUCUACAUUCCAUCUCUCUUAAAUGCUUCCUAUCUCAUAUUAUACCUCUUUUUACUUCCUGCAAUAUUCUCCUCCUACCAUCUGAGUUUUGGUAUAUUCAACUUUCUUGAUCUUUAUCUUGGUCUUUACUGUCAAUUCUUGAACCAAAAAUGGAUGCAGCAAGAAGAGCCAUGUGUACAAAUGAUCUUCUAAACCCUCUUACCACCACCUUUAUGCAAAGUUGUGUUAUGCUUCUCAUGUCUCAUUUCUUCCAUGUUGUUUUCAAGCCCUUUGGACAACCAGGACCUAUUGCACAAAUUUUGGCAGGACUGGUGCUAGGCCCUUCAUUGUUGAGUCGAAUAAAGAGGGACUUGUUCGAUCAACCUAAUAUCAAUGAUUACAAUUUAGUUAUCUCGUUCAUUUUUCGUAUACUUUUCAUGUUCUUGAUUGGCCUGGAGACAGAUAUUCCUUACAUGAUGCGCAAUUUUCGGCAAGCAAGCAUCAUUGCUUUUGGGGGUCUAAUUGCUUGUGGCACUUUUGGAGCAGCUAUUACUCUCUUUGUAAUCCGUUUGCUGAUAAUAAAUGAGCACAAGUUUGUUUUUGCUCAUUUAAUGAUGAUAAUCUUAGGAAGCUCAGCGUCCCCUGUGGUAAUUCGUUUGGUAGCAGAACUGAAGUUUGAGAAUGCUGAUGUGGGGAGAUUGGCAAUAUCUUCAUCUUUGAUAAAUGAAAUGUCUUGUAUGAUAUGGUAUGAUAUAGUUAUCGCUUUUACAUCAAGAAAAAUGUUCAGUAAUGGGAUUUUAUGUCUUGUUUUCACUGGAAUAGUCACUAUUCUGAACAGAUUCUUAGCUAUUUGGUAUAACAGAAGAAGACAAAACCAAAAGUAUCUGCCAAGCACUGACGUGUUAACCAUUUUGUUACUGAUUAUAUUCUUCUCGUUUAUUAUUGAAGAAUUUGGAUACAAUAGUACAAUUUCUUGUUUCUUCGUCGGUGUGAUGUUCCCUAGGGAAGGAAAAACAACUAGGACAUUGCUGCAUAAACUCACAUACUCGGUGAAUAACUUCAUUCUACCAAUUUACUUCGGCUUCAAUGGCUUCCGGUUCAAUGUAAAUUACCUGGGUAAUUUUAGCAAUUCCGUAGUUGUUGUUUUGGUGAUAUUGCUUAGCAUUGGUGGCAAGAUUAUUGGAACUUUAGCUGCUUGCUAUUACCUAAAGAUUCCGCGGAAUGAGGGGGUGAUUCUAGCUUUCAUACUUAACUUGAAAGGCCACGUUGAACUGCUACUUACUGAUGUAGUCCCCAAGUACAAACCCUUUGAGUGGUGGGAUGAUAACUUUCACAACUUGGUGAUAAUAGUAGUAGUGCUUAACACAGUUAUUGCUGGACCAGUAGUAUCUUGCAUACUGAAAAGUGAAGAAAAAUACUUCUCUCACAGGCGCACAUCACUUGAAUUUGAAAAUCCACAGAGUGAACUUCGGAUGCUAUUUUGUGUUUAUAGCUCUCGCCAUGUAUCAUCAAAAAUUGGAUUAAUAUCAGCAUUGAGUGGUUCUCCAGGAACCCCCAUCAUGCCUUAUCUGAUGCACUUAGUAGAGCUACCAAAAAAGCGAACCAAGAAAAACUUAAUGUAUCAUGAGCUAGAAGAUGGAGAUCAAUUCAGUGAUGAGGAAGAUUAUGGCGGAAAUGAUGUGCUGGAGAUAAACGAUGCUGUGGAUGUUAUUACUGCAGAUACUAAAGUUUAUAUUCACCAAAAGAAGGUUGUUUCAAGCUUUGCAAGCAUGUACGAGGAUGUAUGCAAUAGAGCAGAGGACUUUCGUGUAUCGAUCAUCAUCCUCACCUUUCAUAAGCACCAGCGCCUUGACGGGCAGAUGGAAACCAGCAAAGAGGAUGUUAGAACCACAAACCGGAAGGUACUUCGCCACGCUUCGUGCUCAGUUGGGAUUUUAGUUGACAGAGGGCAGACUGGCUUUCAACAACCAACUUCUGAAUCUGAGCAAAAUGUAGUAACAUUGUUUUUCGGAGGCCCUGAUGAUCGCGAAGCAUUGACGUGUAGUAAACGAAUUGCCUCUCAUCCUCAUAUAAAUUUGACAGUUAUCCGCUUCCUACUAGUGCCAUUAGGGGAACAAGAUUAUGCAUCCAACAGAAGUGAAGAAGAGUUUUUGACAAUACCAAGCUCUCAGGUGGAGAAUGCAUUAGACAAUGUCUUGCUUGAUGAUUUCUGCAACGGAUACGUGAGAUCGGGUCAAGCUCAAUACAAGGAGAAGUACGUGAACAAUGGGCUGGAAACACUGGAGGUUCUGAAAGAAAUAAGGAGGAUGUAUUCACUGAUCAUAGUAGGGAAAGGUGGGAGAGGAUUUUCGCCGAUGACGACAGGAUUAAGUGACUGGGAAGAGUGUACAGAGCUAGGAAAUGUGGGAGAUCUCUUGGCUUCUUCAGAAUUCAACAUUAGUGCUUCAGUUUUAGUCAUUCAACAACACAGGCAUCCAAGAAAUAUUAACCAUCUUAUGUAUGACUAGUUGUUUGUGUAUAUCUGCAUCUGUAGUCAUCCAGUUGUAUCAGGAGAGACUUUAGUUAUUAGCAGAGAUGUAGUUGCAAACAAUGUACAGCUUUUUCCUUCAUCAGAAUGAACUAGAGCUUGCUGAAACAUUGUCGGGUUCAGAAAACAUAUUGCAUUUUGGUCUGAAAUGACACCAUUAUGCAAUUACAAGGGACGAAAUUUCUAUCGCAAAUAAAUAAAUGAACAAACAAACUUGGACUUUUGGCUACAAAAUUUAUGUCAUAAGAUGUUAAAUGAAGAUUUCGAGAAAAUAAUGAAAUUUCGUGUGAAAAUAAAAAGA